UGACAAUUUGACGAAGAUCGGUAAUGUAGAGAGCCGUUAUCAUUACUAAUUUGACGGAUUUGAGGUUAGUUUUACAUAAUUUUGUCAAAAAUGGGCAAUGGAAUGGGAAACAUCCCCCAAUCGGGGUUUAAUUUGUAUUUUCACCCCGAGAUAACCCCAAGUCCUUUAGAAGAACCAACUUUUGAUCCUAAUGUGGGCUUUACAAAUGGCAGAAAGGAAAGGGUAAUGAUUGCUACAGAAGAGGAAAUGAGAUCAGCUAAAAUCCCAUUGGAGGACAGAGAUUACUGUGCACAUCACUUGUUAAAAUACCAAGCUUGCAGAAAGGAUAACUGGCCAUGGGCCGUUAAUUGUGAACAUGAAAAACAUGUCUAUUUAAAUUGUAGAUAUGAUGAUUUCCUUAUCCGAAUGAAGGAAUACGAAAGGGAACGUCGUUUGAGAGUUAAAACACAAAAAGAAAUAUCUGCAUAAUAUAAUUUUUAUCAAUUUUGUAGUUUCAAGUGUAAAUAUAAUUUAUAAAGUUA